AUGGCUCCUAGAAAAGGACGUCCCCUACAGCAGCAGCGGCGACGGCGACGGCCCCUCCGACGGCGGAAGAGAGUUUCUGGAUCAUCUUGCAGUCAUGAGGACGAGGAGGAGGAAGAGGAAGAAGAGGACCUCAUUGAUGGCUUUGCCAUUGCGAGCUUUGUCAGUUUAGAGGCACUUGAGAGCCGUUUGAUUUUGGAUGCUUUCGCUCAUCAGUGCAGCCGAGUCCUCAGCUUGUUAAACUGCGGAGGGAAGCUCCUGGACAGCCAUCGCCCUCCGCCGCUGCCCUCCUGCGUGAAGCAGGAGAGCCAGGCGUUUAACGAGAGGGCGGAGCACUGCCAGCAGCUGGGGAAAAUGGUCCACAGCCAGACGGCCGAAAACUUCGACUUCGAAUUGCAGUACCUGCAGAAGAAGCAGCAGACCUCGGCGUUCCUGCGAGUCUUCACCGAUUCCCUCCAGAACUAUUUGCUUUCCGGGGGUUUCACCGCGCAGAGCCACUCCUCCUCGGCGGGGGACUUCGGUCCUUUGGCCGACAUCGAGCCUCUGUCCACUUCUCCGGUGCACACGCUGGCGGGGUGGGCUUCUCCGGCGACGUCGGAGUCCCACGGUCACCCAUCGUCGUCCACGCUCCCCGAGGAGGAGGAAGAGGAGGAGGAAGGCUACUGCCCGCGAUGCCAAGAGCUGGAGCAGGAGGUCAUUUCGUUGCAACAGGAGAACGAAGAGCUGCGGAGGAAGUUGGAGAGCAUUCCAGUGCCCUGCCAAACUGUUUUAGACUAUUUGAAGAUGGUCCUUCAGCAUCAUAAUCAGCUGAUGAUCCCGCAGACGGUGGAGCAGCCGGCAGAGGGGAGCAAGCAACUGCUGAACAAUUACCCCGUCUUCAUCACUAGCAAACAGUGGGACGAGGCCGUCAACUCCUCCAAGAAAGACGGGCGGCGUCUCCUUCGGUACCUCAUCAGAUUUGUCUUCACCACCGAUGAGCUUAAGUACUCGUGCGGCCUUGGGAAACGAAAAAGGUCAGUGCAGUCAGGAGACAUUGGUCCUGAAAGGCGCCCUCUGGAUCCAGUGAAAGUAACAUGUCUCAGAGAAUUCAUACGGAUGCAUUGCACCUCUAACCCGGAUUGGUGGAUGCCUUCCGAAGAACAGAUCAACAAAGUUUUUAGCGAUGCCGUGGGACACGCCCGCCAAGGACGGGCAGUGGGGACAUUCCUGCACAACGGGAACUCAUACUACGAUGGGAUUGACCAACAUAGUUGCCACGAGGAUCUCUUCGGCAGAGGUAUCCAUGACGGCUCCGGAGACUGACGGCGGGAAGGAAGGGCGAUCCGCACGGGGGGACGCCAGUUUGGGUGUUCGGUGUUCUGUUUUGAUGUGAAUUAAGGACCCAAAGCAUGUUGAAAAUUGAGUUUUGUCCAAGGGCGGUGCGUAAAUGUUGACCCCUGCAGCCAGAUGUCUGCGAUUCCCAUCAGUGUGGUUCGGAGAUCGGCUCCUACAGGUUCGGACCGGUUCGGCUGAACCGGUUGUGAUUUGUUGGCCUGGGUCGCCAGAACCAGCAGUGACCCAGGUCCACCACACCUCUGAACCAGUUCUCCG